GUAUUAAUUGUCUGAAACGACAAAAUCAAGGAAAAACAGAAUACACACUCAAUUCACAUUUUUCAACGUUCUCUCAUUCUAUAUCUCUAUGUUAGUUCUUUAACUACAUUUUGCACCCUUCUCGUGACACCCCACCAACCUCUUCAUCAUGGUUUCUUUCCAUUUUGUUCCAGUUUUAUUCUGUUUCCUCUGUUUUCUCGCUGAUCUCUCUGUUUCUUCAAUUCGAUUGCCCGGCUUAGAAGAAGACAAGCCCACCAAGCAUGGAUCGGUGCUUAGAUUACACAGAGGUGUCUCUUCAGUGAAGUUUGAUCCCACACGGGUCACUCAACUCUCGUGGAGCCCCAGGGCUUUUCUAUACAAGGGAUUUUUAUCUGAGAAAGAAUGUGAUCAUAUGAUAAAUCUGGCUAAGGAUAAGCUGGAGAAGUCUAUGGUAGCGGAUAAUGAAUCCGGUAAAAGUGUAAUGAGUGAAGUCAGAACGAGUUCUGGGAUGUUUCUUAACAAGGCACAGGACGAAAUAGUUGCUGAUAUUGAAGCCAGAAUUGCUACAUGGACAUUCCUUCCUGUAGAGAAUGGUGAGUCUAUGCAAGUAUUGCACUAUGAGCAUGGUCAGAAGUAUGAACCACAUUUUGAUUUCUUCCAUGACAAGGCCAAUCAACUUAUGGGUGGCCAUCGGAUUGCUACUGUAUUAAUGUAUUUGUCUAAUGUUGAGAAGGGUGGGGAAACAAUUUUUCCUAAUUCUGAGUCAAAGUUGUCGCAGCCAAAAGAUGAGAGCUGGUCUGAAUGUGCUCACAAAGGAUAUGCAGUAAAACCUGAGAAGGGUGAUGCCUUGCUGUUCUUUAGUCUUCAUCUAGAUGCAACUACAGAUACUGCCAGCUUGCAUGGAAGCUGCCCUGUCAUUGAGGGUGAGAAGUGGUCUGCAACUAAGUGGAUUCACGUGAGUGACUUUAACAAACCACUCACGCGAGUAGAUAGUGGAGAAUGUGUUGAUGAGAAUGAAAAUUGCUCUAGGUGGGCUAAAGUAGGUGAAUGUGAGAAGAACCCACUUUAUAUGGUUGGUAAUGAAGAAGUCAAAGGAAACUGUAUGAAGAGUUGCAAUAUGUGUUCGUCCUAGGGAGGCUAUUACAUUUUCUCUGCUCUGAAAUGCGUGUAGAAUUAUAAUACAUUGUCAAAUAUAUUGUAUAUAACAACAUUCAUUAUUACUAAACUGUAACAUGGAACUCCUGCAGUAACUUGCAUAGCAGUUUCUGAUACCUGUUUAUUGGUUUUGUUGCUUUUGAAGGGUGAA